UAUAAAUUCCAAUCUAACAUGUUAGCAAUUUUCAUCAAUUGCCUAAACUCUUAUUUUCCAUCACAAACCAAAAACGAUGUUGUCCAAAAUUUUAUUACCCCUCAUUUGUCUAACGAGUGUAACCUUAAUUAUUCCCUUACAUGCCCAAGACUCACCUCAAGACUACGUUAAUUCCCAUAACACAGCUCGAGCGGCCGUGGGAAUUGGUCCAGUGACUUGGGAUAACACGGUGGCGGUCUAUGCACGAAAUUAUGCGAAUCAACACAUUGGCGACUGUAGACUUGUACAUUCAGCCGGACCUUAUGGCGGGAACCUAGCGGGAAGCAGCGGUAACCUUUCAGGAACCGCGGCUGUGAAAUUAUGGGUAGAUGAGAAGGCUCAUUAUGAUUAUCAUAGCAAUACUUGUGUUGCCGCGGGAAUGCAGGCCUUGCACUAUACUCAGGUUGUUUGGCGUAGCUCAGUUCAUCUUGGUUGUGGCAGUGCUAAAUGCAAGAAUGGGUAG